UUGGACUACCGACACCCUGCCGACCGGAAGCACGACCCCCAUCACACGGCGAGGGCCGCUGGCGACGGCAAGCAUUGCCUUGAAACAGGCUGCAUGAAGGCACCAAGCUACGGGUGGGAGGGCGCAGCCGUCAUGUGUGCUCUGCACAAGAGGCCGGCCAUGGUGUACCUCCGACACCCGUCUGACUCGUCUUCUUCUGGAAAGGGUUCUGCCGGUGUCAAGCCGACGGCCGAUAAGGGGCAUGUUCCCAAGGGGUUGGAGUACAUCCCAUCAGUCACCAUGGACAGCGAUCGUGUGGUGCACUCCGACAACCCCCAUUGCGCCUUCAAGGGCUGCACUAAGGCCCCCUCGUACGGUACGGAAGGCCAAGGAGGGGUGCACUGCUUUUCGCACAAGAGGCCCGGACAGGUUUUCUUGAAACGAGGUACUAAACCUGCUGGCACUGCUGGCACUGCUGCUGCUGCUACAACUGCUACAACUGUGCCAUCUGAGUCCAUGCGCAACAGGGUCACCACUGCAGCAGAAUAUGACGAUCUCAAGGAACAAGAAGAAGGCAGCCUUGUCGCGGUGGAGGCCGACCUGGCGGAAGUGCAGCGGUGUGUCGCGCUUUCACGCCGGCAGGGGGAAGACUCAACGGUAGGGGUCAAGUAUCUGCGAAACGUCCUCAACCACCCAGACGACGUCAAGUACCGCACCCUCAAGAUAUCCAACAAGAAAUUCUACACGGAGGUCUGGCUGAACAGCGGCAUGAGAGGACUUUUUCUGGCUCUCGGCUUCAGGAAGCGGAGCGGAGGAAUCGUCGGACUGGACCCCCUCGCUCCGAACACGCUCGAUUGCGUGGCAGUCGCUCUACAGGGGCUGGAAGCGGCUUAGGGCGCAAGCCUCGCCACAACAUGACGAUAAACACGACAACGACGACGACGACAACAGGAUCACUGCCUCCCCUGCAAGUGCUCCAACGGCGCUAUCACGGCCUGGACCCCCCCCAUCGAUCCCCAGGGUUGAUGGAUUCACCCCAUGGUCCUCAUUCUACAACAAAACUAUGAUGUGUUGACGUGUAUUUGUUUCCCUUUCGACCCAGCCAAUAGAAACAUGGUCCUGUUAUGUAAACCAACCCGAGACGAAUCGGUGUCAAACCAGUAUUUUCGCCAAAGUGGUACAUAAGCAUCCUUCUUUCGACCCUCCCCCGCCACUCCGCAAGGAAGGUUCACCUCAAUAGAUUGUUGGUGCGACAAUGCACUAUCCAUGCAAUCGUGGUUCAAACAGAAGCUCUGAGUGUGCAGAUUAGAUGGAAGAUUUCAAGCGUGUUCGCUCUGCCGCCGGCCCUGUGCGUAGCUCCCACGCCUGGCAGGCGGGUCGGACACAUUUGCGUGGCUGGCGUAGUGCCUUGAUUUGUCUUCGGAGAAUCGGUAGCUUCGGGCGGCGGAGCGAGGUCCGAAGCGACUGCAUCCAUUUCGAUUUUGCAAUGCCUGGAUUCAUAGAACACAAGUCGUGUACUUGCACGUUGGCGCGAGGGUGCCUAGAAAAAACAAAGAACGAGGUGAUAGUGACUUCAAAGACGAUGGCGCUCCUUGCCUUGGUGUUGUCUGCGAAGCACAAUGACCAGUAGACCACUAGUCAACGCUGACUGGUAGUCUAGUGGUCAUCGUGCUUCUUAACACGUUGGGUUGUGCGUCUGGCACCGUGGUUGUACGCGCAGUUCUAGGUGGCGGCAGGUACCCGGACCAGCCUCUGCCUGCACAGAGAUGCACAGAGAGAGAGAGCUGUUGUUGCCCGUACGUUUUGUGUUGCGGGCAUAUCCUGGUUCAAGGUGCACCUCUGAUUGGUUUGAACAAGGUGGAAAGUCAUCGUAUGAAGUAUUUGUAUUUCCCGUG